ACCGCUAAAGAAAAGUGUUCUCAGAGUGAAGAAAAGUGCAAGACAGAAUUAUAAAACUGAUUUAUUUUAGGCGAACUUCGGCAUAAAAAGUCGCGGCAUUAUUAGAUUUAAGUAGCUUUAACACCGGGGUGACGAUUUCGGCGUAAAAAAAGAAAAAACAAAUACCGCUUUGCACGCGAAUACACACAAACAAACAGACAGAAAAAUCGUCAUCGUCGGAUUUAGGCCAGAGACACGGGCGGGGAACACACAUACACACAUGUCAUACACACACACACCAUCAUUUGUCGACUUCUUAAGAGUCCUUUAAGCUUAUUUAGAUGUAUUUUAGCUAAUAGGUUUCUAUAUUAAUUUUUACUAUUUGUAUUUUACCUUAAUUAUAUCGUAUUUUAUUACAACAACAUAAAACACACGAACAAAAAUCCCCAUAAAAAAAAACAAUAUGAUCAACAUUCAGACUAUAGAAAAUGUGGCAGAUUGCUCGCCGCUUUACUUGCCACAUAGCUUGUACCUCAAGCCACUGGCGAAAAUGCAAAUCUCGGUUGCAUUACCCGAAAAAAUCAAAACCGGCAAAUCCGUCUCAAAUCUGGAAAUCAUGGAGAAACUCAGUGCUGAACUCAAACCCGAUAAAUUCCUAGUGCUCAAAGUCUCUAAGAGCACUGUGAAUUACAUACGCUUCGAGGCAGAGUUAGAUGAGCGCAAACGUUUACGCUUGGCCAUCGAACGUCUCGAUGGCGUCUCCUUGCGCCUCUCCGGCUUCAAUGAGGCUUUCCGAGUGCGCUGCACAGAAGCCAAGGAUGAGUUUCCCACACGUCAUGACUGGGACUCGUAUUUUCGAGAUGCCCGUAACAUGGACGAAAUGAAGGCGGGCGAACGUCCCGAUACGAUUCAUUUGACCCAUCUGCCCAUACGCUGGUUCUGCCCACGGCAUUCGGAGCACGAGGAGCAGGUGAAGCCCAGCGAGAGUAUCUUCAAGCGUAUCUUUGAGAAGUUUGGGCGUGUGCGUGCCGUCGACAUACCCAUUUGUGAUCCCUAUCGCAAGAGUAUGCAAUCGGACAUCAGCGGCAUGCGCACCUUUAGUUUUGAGCAGGAUGUGCUUUUUGAGGCCUAUGUGCAAUUCGAAGAGUACUCGAGCUUUGUACGUGCCAUGGAUGAGUUUAGAAGCACAAAGAUGGUGCGAAAGUUUGUGGACAAAACACAAGCCAUCAAUAUCAAUGUGAACUUCGAUAAGCAAAAGCAUCUGAGUGAUUCGCAUGUACAGCGACGCGAACGCAUGAGGAAACGAUGUGUAGCCAAGGCACAGGCCGAGGAUGAGGAACGUGAGCGCGAGAAGCAGAAACAAAUCGAGCUGGCGGAGCGUGAAAGGCAAAAGCAAGACCAAUUGAAAUUGGCCGAGUUGGAGAAACAACGUGAACGCGAGGAGAAGCGCAAAGAAAAGCAUCUGAAAAAGAUCCAGGAGCGCGGCCAAGUGGAGAUCUCGCAGAAGAUACGCGUCGAGGAGCGCAAACUGAUGAUAGCACAGCGCAAGCUGGAGAGCAUACGCAUCCUGGAGCAGGUCUUCGAGCGCAUACAGCUCAAACAGAAGGAGAAAUCGCAUCGCGGCCAUCACGACGAUGCCAAAGACGUGCAACGCGGUCGCCUUGUCGAAAAGUAUAAAACUGCCACGGAAAAGUUGGUCUGUGAUCAGCGCAAAAUUGUGCAGGAAAUCAAGAGCAAUACGCCUCUCAUGGGACUGCUCAAAAGCAAGUCGAAAAAGAGCGGCGGCACAGCAGCCAGCAGCGAAGAGGAAGGUGAGUCCAGCGCAGUAAAUAAGAAAGCCAAGUUGAAUGGCAACAUUGUGGCAGCAAAUGGCAACGCGUCCACUGCUGCUCCAGCUGUUCAGCCUGGUGUGCUCAAUCCCUUCAAGGCAGUAACUGCAGCUUUGGCAGCUGGCGCUGUGCCAGGCACAGCUGCUGCCGCUGCCUACAGCGCCGAGGCGGCCAGCGAAUGGAUGCAGUCACUGUCCAUGUUUGGCUAUGGCAUGCCACCCGUUUUCCCUGGCGCUGCACUUUACCGUCCACCGGCAGCUCCACCAUUUCCCGUCUCAAGUAAUUAUCGUGGCUUUGCGCCACGACCACGCGGCCGUGGGAGAGGUCGCGGACGUGGUGGUCGCGCUGGCUACGAUGGUCACUCCUCCUCGUACUACAAUCCAAAUCAUUAUGAUGGCGACGAGGGAGAUGAUGGCUACUAUCACAAGUCGUCACGCGGCAGAAAUCGGUCACGUUCCAGCUCAUAUUCACGCAGUCGCAGUCGCUCUCGUGGUCGUCGUCUCAUCUGUCGUUCGAGACGCAGCAGAAGCCGCAGCCGCAGCCGUUCCAACUACCGCAAGUCGUCAUAUUCAUCGCGUUCCAGACGCAGCCACAGUCGUUCUCGCUCCCAUUCACAUUCGCGUAGUCGUAGCCAUUCGCCGGCGCAGAGAAAGAAUCGUAAAUUGGCCUCAACGCGUCGCUCGCGCACCACAAGCUACUCCCGUUCACGCUCUCGUACCCGUUCUCGACGGUCCAACUCACGUCGUGAGCGUCGCUUGCGUAGCCGCAGUCGCAGUCGUAGUCGCAGCAAUUCAUCCAAGCGCGUCGUGCUGGAGGCCGAUAAGUUGGUGGCAUCGGCCGAGAAGAUACAGCGAACCAUUGAGCAGCACACCAAGGAUCGUAUGCGCGAAGAGGUGCGUGAGAUCAAGCAGAACUUUCGCCAUCAACGAACCAGUUCCAGCACACUGCAGGAUAAUCAUAUGGAUAAUGAUGGCGAUGCGUUGCAUACCAGUGCAAGAGAAUUGGAUGGCGAUGGCAAUAAGCGAAGCAGUCGUCGCAAUUCUCUAGUUACCUAGCAUAAGUAAUUUGAUUUUAGUUCUCAUUUAGAUGACACAUAAUAAAAACUUGCAAUUCAAAUUCGAUAAAA